AUGUCAUCCGCAGAACCUGUCUCGAACGACGACUCUGGUCCGCCCAGGGAUUCUUCCCUGUCGGGGCAUACCGUCCUUGAAAACGAUACCGUCGACACGCCAAAAGCUAUCAGCCAUCCUCCAAGUAACAAAGAUGAAAAGGUCACCGACGUUUCGGCAGAAAGCAACAAUGGCGAUAGUCCCAAGGAGACAGAAGAAGACGAAGGAGAAGAAGUGUAUCCGGGCCUUUUCUCCCUUGCCUUCAUCAUCGUGGCCCUCAUCCUCUCCAUUUUCUUGGUCUCCUUGGACAUGACCAUCGUCGCAACGGCCAUUCCCCAGAUCACGGACGAGUUCAAGUCGUUGGAUCAGGUUGGCUGGUACGGGUCGGCGUUCUUCCUGACCGUGGCAUCCUUCCAGUCUACCUGGGGCAAGGGCUAUAAAUAUUUCCCGCUGAAGAUCACCUUCCUGCUUGCCAUCUUUGUCUUCGAGCUGGGGUCUUUGAUCUGUGGCGUGGCGCAGAACAGCACGACUUUGAUCGUUGGCAGAGCGAUUGCAGGUGCGGGUGCUGCUGGAAUCGCUAGCGGCGUGUACAUUAUCAUUGCCUUCUCAGCACCGCCUCGACAGCGUCCUGCGUACACCGGUCUUCUGGGUGCAACCUAUGCCUGUGCCAGCGUUGUCGGUCCUUUGCUUGGUGGAGCAUUCACCAGCCAUGUCUCUUGGCGUUGGUGUUUUUAUAUCAACCUUCCAAUCGGAGGCCUAAGUGCCGCAAUCAUCUUCUUUUUCUUCACCGCCCCUCCCGCUUCAAAACCAGUCUCUGCCAGUUUAAAAGAGAAAAUCUGGCAGAUGGACCUUCUCGGGACGUUCACCAUCAUGGCUGCGGUGGUCUGCUACCUGCUCGCGCUGCAGUGGGGUGGAGUCACCAAAUCAUGGAGGAACUCAGACGUGAUCGGGACUCUCAUCGGAUUCGGCCUCUUGCUCAUUCUGUUCGUUAUCAUCGAGUGGUAUAUGGGCGAGCGAGCACUGAUUCCGGGCCGGAUCCUCAAGGACCGUAACGUCCUCGUGUCGAGUCUCUAUGUCCUCUUCGUGGUCGGGCCCAUGUUCGUCCUGAUCUACUACCUGCCCAUCUACUUCCAGUCGAUCAAGGGCGUUUCGGCAGCCGAGUCGGGCGUUCGCAACAUCCCGAUAAUCCUGUCCGUCAGCUUCCUGACCAUUAUUUCUGGCGGACUGAUCACGGCAUUCGGCCAAUUCGGCUAUCUGAUGAUCCUAGCCGCCGUGAUCGAGACGAUUGGAUCAGGUCUGAUCUAUACGUUUGAGAUCGACACCCCUGCGGGCAAGUGGAUUGGAUACCAGAUCGUGGCUGGCGUUGGGAUUGGUCUGGGAUGCCAGAUCCCCAUCAUCGUGAACCAGGCCAUCGUGCCGCCGUCAGAUCUUGCCAGCGUGUCGGCCAUCACGCUCUUCCUUCAGACCAUCGGCGGUGCGUUCUGGGUGUCGGCUGGCCAAGCUGCGUUCGCGAACAAGCUGGCUCAGAAAGUCCCUCAAACGGCACCCGGGGUCAAUCCGAGCUUGGUCAUCGCAACCGGCGCGACGGAUCUGCGCAAUGUUUUCACGGAUGAGCAGCUGUCCGGUGUGAUGGAGGCUUACAUGGACGGUCUCAAGGUGACAUUCCUCUUGUCCAUCGUUCUGGGAGGCAUCACAGUGAUCAUCUCACUGUUUCCAAAAUGGGUCAGCUUGAAGGGAAAGCGGGUCACGGGUUACACACCUAAUCCCAAUAAGGCUGGUACCCACAUAGAACCAAUUGUACUCCUACAUUUUUACUCCGGAUGUCUAGACAUACACACAUAUGUAUUAUCCAUUCUUUGUGCUGAUUGGAUCGAAAAAGCACGUACCUACCUACCUACGUAUCUACCCACUUACCUACAGGACAUACGUCUUGAACGAGAAGGGGAAAAAAAAAGCAAUGCCAGUCACAGAAAUCGCUCUCCUUCGCCUCCAAUCCUGCAAGCCUUUGUUGUCCUCGUCGUCAAACUCCCCAUCCCUCGCAGCCAAUCUCAGAAAAGCAAAGGACGCGCAGGAGGCAUACUCCCACCAUCCGGUGCAUUUCUUCGCCCAGGUGGAGGACCCCUCGACAUGAUGGAGCUGCUCAGUGAUGAUGACAUUGAGGUGUGCUGGAUGUUCCAUGUCGAUAUCGACCCGCGACAGUCACAGGCAAAACUCCAGUUUGAUGCGCCCACGGUCGUCAUCGGGCGGUAUUUUGUCAAGGACGGGAAAGGGGGUGAAUUCCAGGAGGCCUAUGAUGCGACAAGUCGGCAUCUGGCCGCUGGCUUUUCGAGUACGCGUCCGUUUCGGGGAGGUUGGAGGAUUGACGAGGAAAGCAUUGGAGGUCUAGCAAGCGAUGAUGAGAAAGAAGAGUUCGUGCUGUUCUCGGGCUGGGACGAUGUGACGCAUCACAUGCGCUUUGCGGAGUCAGAAGGCUUCAAUGAGUUUGAUAAGCUGAGAGAUCUGAUUGAUGGUGCUGUGGUCAAACAUGCUGUCAAGCUGAUGUUGUAA